AUGCACUACAAAGCUUGGGCCUGUAAAAUUCUGGCACCCGAGAGAAGCAACGGAGUGCCUAAAGAGGAGCAGGUGAUCUACGAGGACGAGAUCGGUAGGGAGAUCGGCGACGAUAUGGGGCCGAGAUGGAGGGAGGCGCUGCGUAACGAGGAGCACCUGCAUGGGCCGAAAAUAACGAAAUGGCGCUUGCGCGCGUACGUCGAAUACAUGUCGACUGAGACCGACCAACAGGUGGCAUCGUUGGAUACAGGCCGGACCAGAGUCGCUGGAAGGAAGGCGAAAAAAAGCACCCCUCCGAUGAUGCUGGCGCGCCUUACUGCGCUGACGUGCUUCUGCAGAGUAGAGGCCAUACUCUUCGACGAGCCACUAACGAAACCCUUGGACGACAUCACCGAGGCUCGGCAGCUUCUUGCGGUCAAGCUGCGGCAGCUGCACGACUUUCAGUUCGAGCAGUGUGUCGAUCCACACCGGGGCUCGCUCGACGAUGUUUACACGGAGGAGCAGUUCCGCAUUCUCGUUUCAGACAUCCUGCCGUACUGGGCCAAAGAGUACUUUCGGGAGCCGAUGAGUUACCCCAGUCAGUCGCUGUGGAGGGCCUUGGCUGUGAGGGUGAUGAUCCUGAUGGCGCAUCACAUGCUGGGCAGGGGGAUAAGCAUCCGCGAGAUCCGCUACUGCAAUAUGUUCACUCACGUCCUUCCGCCCAUCACGAACAGCAAGGGGGAAUCGUCGAUCCACGUUCUCGUGGUCGCCUAUCGCAACUCAAAGACCAUCAAAGACAACAAGCUCGGCCACCUGUACCUGACUCGACACAUGGACUUCCGGCAGUGCGGCUUCAGAGCAGUGUUCAUGUGGAUACAUUUCAUUUUCGACCUUGUGCCGCCCCACUACAACAACGAUAAGAUCGUGUCCCCCUUGGAUUUCAGCAGCUCGGAAAAUUGGUCAAGGAAGCACCUGUUCUUCGCCCUCUUCGACAAGGACAAGAUCGAGUUGCCGUACGCAACUCAUGCCAAAUGGGUUACCUGGGCAAUGAAAAGCGCGGAGUGGAUCGUGUCGAAAGUCACACAUAUCUUUCGACGGUCUGCGGCACAGAUCCUCGCCGACAAAAACUGUGAACUCGACAACAUCGCGCAGCUGGGUCAAUGGGACAUGAACGAGAUGCGCAUGUCAUACGUCACAGGCAUCCCGCGCGGGGCCAUCCAGCUGCAAGCGGGUUUCACGACGGAACCGGGUGACUAUUACCUUGGAAGAUCGAAGAGCGAAGUACACGCGAAGGUCCUGAAGGCUAUCGAGGAGCACAUAUUUCCAAAGGCGGAGCAGUGGCUCGACGAGGACGCAUCCUUUCAACUCAACACCAAGCACCUCAUCACGCAACUUCGAGCAGAGGUUAACUUACACAAGGAGGAGGGUGGGAAAAAAGAAAUCAAGAUCAAGGGCCUCGAGCAGAAGGUCGAGUCAUUGGAGCGGGAGAAGGGCGCGAUGCAAGUGGAGUUGGAGGCAAAGGCAGAAGCACUCGCGCUACUGCAGAAAGCGUUCGACGCACUGAAGAUUACCGACGCGACAACCGCAGCUGCGAAUGUGGGGGGGAGCGAGAGAGUGCCGUAG